AUGUUAAUUGUCUUUCUUAUUAGAAAUGACCAAAUUAAAGAAUGCAACACAACCUCUGAAAAAAUGAUGGUUCCCAGGCACAAACUUUCAGCCAAUUUGCAAGUACUUGUACCCAAUAUGAAACAUGACAGUUUGAGCUUCCACCUAAUACCAAAUGAGCUAUUGGGCCUACAUCAUAAAACAGAAAUAACAACAGACCCCAGGGGACAGAUCGUCAAAACAUACCUAACUAAGUUGCCCAAAUUAAAUACUAGAAAAUAUAUACCCCGACUAGCAGAACAAUUUGGAUUACGUAUCCUUCUGUAUUCUUUCAGCGGAGAUAAUUUACACAAAUCAGAUACACUUAUCUCCAAUUUUGUCCACUACAGACCAACUAAAAGGUGGGAGUGUGAUUCAGAAAUAAGAAAACUUUUGUACAACUAA